AUGUUACUGAUUCUUCUCCUACUUCCCUGUCUAUCCUUGGCUGUACCACAAAACUGUUUCGCUCGUGUCCGCAAUCACACACUCAUUGGAACAGCAAUCAUAACACUUGAUCAUGUCACUCUGCUACAAUGUCAACAUGCUUGCCUAGAGGCAAAGAAACAAAGCUGCAGAUCAUUGAUGUAUCAUGCAGCAACGAAACGAUGUUACCUGAAUUCUGAAGACAUGAAAACACCUGGAUCUCAGUUUGUUCCCGUUUUGGACGCGGUCGACUACUAUCACAGGACAUGUUACUAUAAACCAAGUAUGCCAGUCAAACGUGAAUCUAUUAACGUAUUCGAAGACAAAUGUUAUGAAAUCAUUAAGGGCAAGGUAUUGAUUGGUAUCGUCGACCAAUUGAUUCAAGACGUGACUUCAUUGGAUCAAUGUAAGAAACGUUGUCAGAAAAGUAAGGAAGCCAGUGAUAUUGUCUGCAAAAGUGCCAUUUUCUAUGAGAAAGAGAAGGAGUGCAUUAUUGCGUCACAAUCACGAAGCGAUAUCCCUGAUCUAUUCAUAGAAGAUGAUCAAGCGAUAUAUAUCGAAAACGCAUGCCUUAGCGAUAGCACCUCAUCGAUGAAGAAACUACAAGCAAUGCCUGAGACCGUUCCAGACUUCAAAUCGCAUGUGGCAGGUUCUUCUAUUGAGCCAACAACAACGACUCAACAGACGGAAUCACUCCCAGAAUCCACCCGUACUACCGCACGAACCUCUAUCGCCAUCGGCAAAGUCACCCACAACCAAAGAAAAUCGCCGCAGAACACUGUUGAACUGUCCGGCUAUGAAUCUCCUUCUGAUACAGUAUCAAAUGAUUCUGGUGCAGAGGACGUAAUUACGACAACGACGACGACAACAACAACAACAACAACUACCACAACCACCACCGAAAAACCAACAACAAGCUUUGAUGCAAAGGUGAUUGACUCCUAUAAUGUCGAGCCAGUUGUGAAAACUGCAGCGUCAGCAGGCUACGGUAGACGUUUGCGCGACGCUCGAGUUAAGGAGUGCUUCACUGAGGUACGUCCUCUUCACCCAAUGGAUCAAACACGGAUAACGAAAGCCUACUCGCUUGAGCAGUGCACAGAUAUUUGUCGACUAUGUUGGAGAUGUUUACAUGGCAAAAAAUGUGAAGCGGUCGCAUUUGAUGUAAGUCGUGAAUUCUGCGCUCUCUCUUCUACGCACAUCGUAGACGGUGGCGAUAUGCAAGAAGUGGACGGAAUUGUUUAUCAUAAUAGAAACGACUGUUGA